UGGUUUUAAGAAGGGAAAGAGUUGGAAGAGACUUUCUACACGUAGUGGCGAGCAAGCAAGAAAAGGGGAAAGAAAAAGAUUGUUUGAGACAGUGAGUGAGUGAGACUGUGAGUCUGUAAGAGAGGGAGAGGGAGGACAACCACGUCAUUUUGGAUAUCGAGCUUUUUUCGUGCGUGAAGAGAGAGAAAACACAGAACCAGAGGAUCCACAACCUGAAAACCAUUAAUUAAAGCAAGGAAGUUAAGAACAGAGAGAUCUGGAAACCUGUUUUUCUUUUUCUCUCUCCCUCUCUGUCUUCCUUGUUUUGAGCAUUCGAGCUAGAAAAAGAAAGUAGAGAAAUAGAGUUUCGAAGGAAAUGGAGAGAGCUACCCCCGUGAGGAAGCCUCACACUUCUACUGCAGAUCUGCUCACAUGGUCGGAGAAUCCUCCCGCCGACUCUUCUGCUACAAAUUCCGCAGCUUCUGGUUCACGACCGACGAUCCGCAAUAAUCAGCCGUCCGACGGGAUCAGUAAGGUUCUUUUCGGAGGACAGGUUACUGAUGAAGAAGUUGAUUCUUUGUUAAAAAGGAAACCAUGCUCAGGUUCUAAAUUGAAGGAGAUGACUGGUAGUGGUAUCUUUGCAGCUGAUGGUGAAAAUGGUGCAGCAGAAUCCGGUAGUCCUAAUCCUAUUUCUAACAACAAAACAGGGUUACGAAUUUACCAGCAAGCACUUAGUGGAAUUAGCCAGAUAUCAUUUGGUGCUGAAGAGAGUGUUUCUCCUAAGAAGCCAACCUCACUUCCUGAGGUGGCAAAGCAGCGGGAACUAAGUGGGACACUUGAAACUGAGGCAGAGGCAAAGAUGAAGAAGCAGUUAUCAGAUGCGAAGUGCAAGGAGCUUAGUGGACAUGAUAUAUUUGGCCCUCCUCCCGAGGUUCCACCUCGGCCAUUGGCUGCUCGCUCCUUGGAAAAAGAAAGCAAAGACAUGGGGGAACCUGCACCACGAAAUGUACGCACAUCCGUCAAAGUGUCUAACCCUGCUGGAGGUCACAGCAAUUUCAUGUUCAGUGAGGAACCUGUGAUUAAGACUGCGAAGAAGAUACAUAACCAGAAAUUUGCGGAACUGACUGGCAAUGACAUCUUCAAAGGGGAUGUACCUCCAAGUUCAGCUGAGAAGUCACUUAGUACGGCAAAGCUGCGGGAGAUGAGUGGCAGUGAUAUCUUUGCUGAUGGGAAGGCAGCCUCCAGAGACUACUUGGGUGGCGUCCGCAAGCCUCCAGGUGGGGAGAGCAGCAUCGCCUUGGUUUAAUUUUAGUGUCUAACUUAUAUCGUUCUUACCUAUUACCGUCCGUCAUGUUCUGGUCUUCUCCUUAUUUUCGUGGGUUAGUUUGUAUGUUUGAAUGCUGAAGGGCCUCUUCCUAUAUGCUCGAUUGAUAAUGAGUAGCAGUGUGGGUUUUGGCCAAGUAUGUGAUAUAUAUAUAUAUAUAUAUAUAUAUAUAUAUCAGGGUUUAACAUCCAAACCGGAGGGAUGAACUGAUGGCUAAUUGGUUUCCCAACUUUCUGUGUCAAUCAGGAGUUAUAGUUUCAAUAACCUCGCGUUCUUGUUUCAUUUUGGGUUCA